AAGUCCUGCCACUUUGGGAGGAAAUUACGGGCAGUGAGACGGCGGGCUUCGGGUCCGAAACGGGAGCCCAAACGAGCCAAUGAGAGGCCCCAUAAUUCUGCUCAAGUGGUGUACAGUAUCGUGGGACGCAGGCUGCAGAAUUACAGGGUGUCCUGUGAGCAUGCGUAUGACAACAGAGAAGACAUGUAGAGCAAAAGGCUGAGGCUCUGGGCUCCAAAAUCCUCUCUGCACGUGACAAUUAGCUUACAGUCUGCUCUGAGAAGAUGACUUCUGCUACCCCACCCUGCUCUCGCAGCUCUUCCCCUCAAAAGGUUUGCCACUCUCAGACCCAAACCGAUGUUCUGAAGCCAUUGCUGGGCGGCGGCGCUUCUGUUGGAGGCGGGACUGUGCGGAAGAGGAGACGCAUCCUGUCCAAAGAUGGCCGAAGCAACAUGCGCAUCGAGCACGUCAGUGGGAGGAAUGCUCUCUAUAUGCGUGACCUCUGGACAACUUUUCUUGAAAUGCCUUGGCGCUACAAGUUCUUCCUGUUUACAGCAACGUUUGCGGGGACCUGGUUUCUGUUUGGGGUUGUGUGGUACCUCGUGGCUUUGGUGCAUGGAGACCUGCUGGAGUUCGAUCCGCCAUCCAACCACAUGCCCUGUGUGAUGCAGAUGCAGACCCUCACAGCAGCCUUCCUCUUCUCUCUGGAGUCCCAGACAACCAUCGGUUAUGGUUUCCGAUGCAUCACAGAGGAAUGCCCGGCUGCCAUCAUCCUCCUCAUCCUGCAGCUGGUCAUCACCAUGCUCCUGGAAAUCUUCAUCACCGGCAGCUUCCUGGCCAAGAUUGCACGGCCAAAGAAACGAAGUGAGACGGUGAAGUUUAGCCAGCAUGCUGUUGUAUCGACCUAUGAAGGCCAACCCUGCCUGAUGAUCCGGGUGGCCAACAUGCGCAAGAGUCUUCUUCUCGGAUGCCAGGUGACAGGGAAACUCCUGCAGACGUCCCUGACAAAGGAAGGUGAAACAGUUCGUAUGGACCAGAGGAACGUGCCCUUCCAGGUGGACACUUCCAGCGAAAGCCCCUUCCUCAUCCUUCCCCUCAUCUUCUACCACAUCAUCGACGACACCAGCCCCCUGAGAGCCUGGGCCGCCAAGGGUGGUGGAUGGACAGAUCCAGUGUUGGCUGACUUUGAACUCUUGGUGAUCAUGAGUGCCACAAUAGAGCCGACCUCCGCCACUUGCCAGGUCCGCACCUCCUACCUGCCAGACGAGAUCCUCUGGGGUUACGAGUUCCCCCCCGUCGUCUCUCUCUCCCAGUCUGGCAAAUACGUAGCGGACUUUUCCUUCUUUGACAAAGUGGCGAAGACCAAGACGACCCCCAUCUUCAAAUCGUCCAGUUCGCAACACGAGUACCAGAGCAACGGAGGCGGACCCGUGUCUGAGGUGACAGACCCGGAGAAGAUUCGUCUGGAGCAGAGCUACAGGGAGCAGCGAGGCGAAGACCGAGGCCGAGUCAGAGACGGCCCCGUAAGCGUUCGCAUCAGCAACGUCUGAGCAGCUAAACUGGCUGAAAGUCAAACAUUUUGUAGCAAAACAACAUGAGAGUUUGUGAAGCCUUUCACACAUGUAAGACAAAGAUUGUUUUAUUUUUUAUUUUUAUCAAAAUGACUUAAAGCAAAUACGUAUGGUACUGCGUUUUGUAAGGAAAUAUUUGCUAAAACUGCUGUUGUUCAUUCUCAUCUUGUCACUUAUGAUGGAAAAUCUAAAAAAAUCUAUGCUAAAUCUAUGCUAAAAGAGUCAAAAAAGGAAGAAAUUAAGUGUAAGUCGAAUAUAUUUCAUCUCAGAUUAGACUGUCUGAUGUGAAAUCUAUAAAGUUCUACCUUCAUACUUUUUGCCAUUGUCUCACCAUCACAUUUUUCCUUGCAUACUUUGUGAUGAUCUGACCAUCCAGGGCUGAAUGCUCAGAGCUCCAUAUCAUGUCUAUAGGUGCCUCCAAUUUGCUUAAAUUGUUUUCAUCUUAUUUAUUCAGAAAAUGUCUCCCUCCUCCCUACCAUGUCAGUCACUCCAAACAUUCACUCACACUGUGAAUCUUUAUCAAAGCAGACAGAGUGUCUGCAUGGCAUAGCGUGAGAUUAAGUCAUAACAUCACCUCAAUGUUGGAACCUUUGAAACUGCAACUUUUUUAACACAUAAUGUUUGUAUAAAAAAAGCUUUUUGAAGCUUUUUCCACCUUUUUUGUGACAAUUUUCUAUGUGAUCCUACUAAGAACUUGAGAGAAUUUAAAAAAUCUGCAACAACCUUGAGGCAUAAGUGUGCUCAACCUUAAACUCUUUGUUGAAUCUCUUCUUGAUUCGUUUCUAGCAUUCAGUUUUCUUUGAUAUGAGUUUAAUAUCAUCCAACUUUUUGUCCUGGAAACAUUCCCAGGCCCUCUGUGCUCACAGUCUCACAAUUUAUAAAAUCGAGUAGAACCUGAUUUUUCACACCGUGCAAAACUGUGAAGCUGGUCUUUUACUGAUUUAUUUGGAUGGUGAAAAAUAAAAUUCUUCUUCAUCUUCA